AUGCGAAUCCUUUUCCACCCACAAUUGCGCACCGCGCUUCCAAAGUCUGUCCAAAGAGCUGUUCGAGCUCGAGUAUGGACCCGGUUCAAAUCGCAGGUCCCCCGGCCAUCUCGUCGCCAUGAAUCAGCUCCGCCCGCACCGAAAGAUUUGAGUGCUGCGACGACACGAACUUCCUCCCCUGCAGGCGCUGCCGCUAAAUUAAGCACUCGGAGAGGACCCCCGGAGCGCAUAUUGGUCUACUAUGGUGGAACUGGCCGGUCCAUGUUCCUAGGCAUAUUGCGGGUGACUACAAUUCUUCUCUUUGGCGGAGCUUGCUUGAUCAUCGCACCGUCUUGUUACAAUGCUGAGAACGCAUGGUACAUUACACCAUUGGUGAUUACAGGUGGCGCACUGCCAAUGCUCUUCGUCGCCUAUACCUCUGCACCCUACGUUAGCUUCAUUCACCUCGCACUCCCCGCAUUCGCAAGGAAAUCCCGCGAGACGGCUAUGCACUACGCGAAAGAACUACCACCCACAGCUACAUUGAUCCUUACGACAACAAGGUUCAAUGCAAUUCCCCGACAGACCGCCGUCCGUCUGGGAGAUAUCAUGCCUGAUAAAAGUCCGUUCCGGCCUGUCACUUUCCGGAAUGUGAAUCCUGCACCCCGGUCUUGGUGGAUGGGUAGACCUACGACACAGUUUUUUGCGGCUGAUCAGAGUCAACCGGGGAGGCAAUCCACAGCGUUUUAUCCUGAGCUUUGGCCGGAUAUCUAUAAAAGGAUACAAAGCCAAGUAGCGCAGCGACGAUGA